CUGUGUGUCUGUGUGGAUGAAGAAACAUGACUCUCUCUCUCUCUCUCUCUGUCUCUCUGUUUGUGUGUGUCCGCUUCUGAAUAUUUACAAUAAUUAAUUCUUUGAUUGAUUUAUUUCCGGAGCUCCGGAUCCCGACAGACCGAGGAGCAGCAGCCCUCCUCCGGCUGGACUCUGCGAACACAGCGGUCCGGGCUUCACUCUGAAAAUGUCGAAGGGCACGCUGCGGGACCUGCAGCUCGCUCUGCAGCUGAAGAUCGAGGAGCUCCGUCAGAGAGACUCUCUGAUCGACGAGCUGGAGCUGGAGCUCGACACCAAAGACGAUCUGAUCCGACAGCUGCAGGUGGAGCUGGACCGACACCGCAACGCCGCCACUCAGGCCCCCAACGCCAGCGAGGAGCCGACCACGACAGGAGCAGCAGUUCAGCCUCCAGCGGCGCCCGAUGAACCUCAACGCACAAAGAGACAGGCCAUCUCUGCAGAGCCCACAGCGCUGGAUCCCUCCACACUCACCGAGGUCACACUCACCAGCUGCUGCAAGAGCAAAGAGUCCAGUGAUCUGAUCCAGAGAGCUCUGAUGGACAACGACUUCAUGAAACACCUGGAACAAGGACAGAUCCUCACCAUCAUGGACUGUAUGCACCCCACCUGUCUGGCCAAAGGCUGCUGUGUGAUCCAGGAGGGGGACGAUGGCUCCAUGGUCUAUGUCCUGGAGGGUAAGGGUCAACGCAAAGGAGUCAGGGGCCUUCGGGGUAGGAGGCGCUGUAUACCGCGCUCGCCGCAGGGUUUAGGGUGCAGAGCAGAACGAGAGCGCACACACAUAAAGCAGCGGCACACGUUGCUAG